AAACAAAUAAUUGUGAACCAUAAAAAGUUAGAAGAAGCAUUGUUUUCCCACCUUUCUCCUUUCAGAAAAUUUUAAAAAUAUCGUUAUAUUUAUUCGAUUCAUACGUAUAUUUCGAUUAAGAUUUCUUAUAUUUUUGUAAAAUAUAUUGAUUGGAGUACAUAUUACGCACACCUGUGAUAUGAGCAACAAUGCUUACUCAGCCUCGGAGAGCGAUGCUUCCGAAUCCGCGGAUAACACAUUUUGCAUAUUUUUACAUCUUGUUGAAGGAAUUGGUCUUCAUCGCCGUGAUGGUGUAGGAGAUUUCACAGAACGACACAAGGAUAAGGUUAUACUUACUGCGUCUUUAAAUGGUGUAAAAUUCGAAGUAGAGGGUCACUCUACAGAAACGGUGACCAUCUUUAACAGCAAUUGUAUUUGGGAGUGUGAGCUCAGUGAUAUUAAACGAAUGAAAACAGAUAAUCGGCCAGUUAAACUGGAAAUAUUUAUUAAAAGUGGUAGAACGGACACAUCUCCACGUCGAGGAAUUGGUUCAUUGCUUUUACCAAUUAGAGGGGUUCCAGUAAUAGCGGCACUUAAGAACGUACAAUUGAAACUACAUUGGCAUAAACUUAAUGUACUAAGUUCAGAAUGGCGGCAAAAUAAACCGGAAAUUUAUUUGCUUUUAGUGAUCGUAAAAAAGAAUCUUAUUGAUAAUGGGCAAUUUGAAGUAUUUUUGGGAAAGAGGAAAGGUUUGCUUAAUGAAGGAAUUUCUCCGAAAUCGUCUGAGACAUCACUAAUGUUGCAGUCACAAAGUAAUGUAUACGUACAGCUUCUGGAACAAGUAGGGCUUAUCCAAGUGGGCAACAAUCCUGAUAUGGAUUGUGACAUUUUCAAUGUGACUUUAACAUUUAAGCAAGUAAAGAAUUUAUUGAAAGUGCUGGAACUGGAAAAAAACUUCCAACGGCAAACUAGUACUUUUGUUUUCCAUUAUGACUUUUUAGGGAGCACUUCGCAACUGGAAAUGGUAGCAAAUCAUUCUGAUUGCUAUACUAUCAAUGAAAAAGUGUCGCUGACAUUUAAGUCGUCAUUGAAGAGCCUACGAUUAUAUUUUCAACGGAUAUUCUAUAUACCAAUAAGCAUUUAUGUCAAUAAUACGGUUGUGGCAAACUUUCGGUUGGAUUUUUCCAAAUUAUUACCAGAAGAUUCCCAUUUCAAUACGAGCAAAGCCUUUACAAAAAGUGGUACCUUUUAUUUCGACCGUAUAAAUAAAAGUGUUAGUCCUAGAAUGUCGAAACCUUCGGUGGAUUAUAUCUUUUACAUGCAACUUGUGACAAGUUUUUCAAAAAAACUAAACCCAGAGCAUGGGCCACUGACUGAGGCAUACGCUUCGUAUAAAAUCGAUGAAAAGGGAGCUGCUGAAAUUACAGAGUGCUAUCGAAAUUUGGAUUUUCCUAAUACUUUUCAGCAAAAGCGCGCUCCUUAUGACCCAGGCCAAAUAAGUAGUCGCAAUUUUACUAAUUUCGAAAUGUACGAACGUAAUUAUAUGAAAAUGCAAACUGACGCUUUUAUAAUUGGACGUGUUCUGGGGGAAAACACUGAACUAUUUACUAAAUCAUCGGAAGAUUUUUGCAGAAGCACUGACUCUUUGGCAUGUCGGCUAAGUAGACCAAUAUUAUCUAAUUACCCCGGCAAUGAACAGGUACAAUCGCUGGAAAGCAUUUCCAAUAUUGAAAUUUCAAGGGCAAGCUACACGCCAAUUAAGCCUCAAAAUCGAUCUAUUGGUGUUAAUACCGAUCAGUUAGAGACUGAUCCUGAGGAAAUGACAAUGAAAAUAGUUAGAGAAUUAGAGGAAUGGAAAGCACAGCAAAUGGAACACUUCAUUAAAGGUUUGGAGCAAAAAGAGGUCGAAUACUUAGCCGAACUUAAUAAAGAAUGGGAGCAGCAACGAUCGAUACUACAAGCUAGACUAGAAGCGAAGCUUUCCGAUUGUGAGAGAUUGAAUGCAGAAUUAGAACAUGCACAUUCUGAAUUAAAUUCUAAUGCAAUGAAGCAUCAGGAGACAAUUAGCAUCGUAAAGACAGUAAAACAGGAUAUUGAAAAAAGUUAUGCGGAGAAGUUUCAUCAAUUAGACCAUGAGAUGCAACGACUUAAGGACGAAAUGCAGCAGCGUGCCAGAGAAAGUGCAGAACGUGAAAUGGAACAAGCACAGAAAAAGUGUCUAGCGGCAGACGUGAUUGGUUCAGAGACUGAGUCUGAAAAGCUGGAAAUGAAGAUGCGAAUUGAGCAAUUGGAAAAACAAUUGACGGCUAUGGAGAAAACUCAUUUCUCAGCUGAACAACUGCAAGGCAUGCUUGCAGAUUUACAAAAACAAACGGAACGUUUUGCAGCCAUUGAGAAAGCCAAAGACUAUUAUAAAGCACAGUGGUCGAAGUCGGCGCGAGAACUGCAUGCGUUGCAAAUGACUUUGUUAAAACAGAAAAAGGAAGCAUUGGAAGAAAAGAAAGAUGUAGAAUUUGACACAUUUUUGUUGUUUUUUAUCAUUUAGUAUAUGUUUGGAAGAAAUUCUGGAAGAGGAACAAAAUGCUUUGCAUAGUGAUCGUAACGAAUUGAAGUAUAUCAAAGAUAUGCUUUAUGAUUCCUUGGAGUCUGCGUCACUUGAUGAUCUGCAAGUUGACUAAGAUAUGUCUAUUACCAUAUUUUGUUUUUUGUUGUAUAAACUGAACAAAAUUUAUCUGUGAUAAACAUACGUAAGCAAUUUUAUUGUAAUUUGUGUA